AUGACGCAAUCCAGACCGACCCACAACAUCCCCGUCCCGUCCCGUCUCGUCUCGUCUCGUCUCGUCUCGUCUGAUCCCAAAAUAUUGCAACCACGUGCUCGAAGCAAGCAAGCAGAGAGAGGGGAAGAGACCUCUAGCUCUCUCUACCUCUGGGCGUGGAGAUGUAGCGUACCUAUCGACUUACCCAGCUUGUCGAUAGUAGCGUAA